GAAAAAGGAAAUUGCAACUGUUUGGAUGUUUGUGCUGAGAGAGAGAGAGAGAGAGAGCGAGAGAGAGAGAGCUUUGAGCAGAUUCUGCCUAUUGGGAGAGCGAGAGGGAGUGGGAGAGAGGGAGAAACAGAGAUUUGGCCAUGGCGGAUGGUUUGAAGCUUGAGCAGAGGCAUGGGAAGAGCAGAGUGAGAGUUGCAAGGGUAUGGAGGAACUCAGUCACCGGAAAAGACCUUAUCGUCGAGUGGCGUGUUGCUGUCAGUCUCGUCACUGAUUGCCUCCCGGCUUUCACCUCCGGCGAAAACUCCUCCAUCGUCGCUACUGAUUCCAUGAAGAACACUGUUUAUGUAAAAGCAAAGGAGUGCACUGAGGUUGUUUCAGUGGAGGAGUUUGCAAUCAUUCUUGCCAAACAUUUCACAUCACUGUACCCACAGGUGGAAAGUGCAACAAUUAGUAUUGUUGAGAAGCCGUGGGAGCGCCUUGUUUUAGGACGGCAACCUCAUUCACAUGGAUUUAAAGCUGGAUCUGAAAAGCAUACAGCAGAAGUAACAUUGAAGAAGAAUGGCACUAUGACUUUGACUUCUGGAAUUGAAGGACUGGCUGUUCUUAAAACAACAAAGGUUUUGAAGGAUUCGUACGGGAUAAAUACACAAUUCUUCCUGAUACAACUGAGAGGAUAUUGGCUACUGAAGUCACAACUAAGUGGAGCAUUUCUCGAAGAUGACAACGACCAAGUCUCUUGUGCCAGAUUUGUGUGGUACAGGUAUGCAUUUGAAUGGCUUUCCGAUAUUCCCCCAAAGCCAUUUUGUUUCACACAGAGGUAUCAAGAAGUGAAGGAAGUUCUGCUUGAGACAUUUUUUGGUCCACCGCAGGUUGGAGUCUACAGUCCAUCAGUCCAAAACACUCUCUACCUCAUGGCCAAAGCUGUUCUGAACAAGUUCCUGGAUGUUACAUCACUUCAUCUUCGAAUGCCGAAUCUUCACUUUUUACCAGUGAACUUGACAGCUAAGACUAAUCCAAACAUGGUCAAAUUUGCUGAUGAUGUCUAUAUGCCAACCAACGAACCCCAUGGAACCAUUGAAGCCACUGUGACCCGCUGUAUGUCGAAAAUGUAGAAGUCAGUCUCAAGACCAAGGAUGAUGAUAAAAGCUCUAAACAGAAUAAUGAUCGGUGGUAUUCUAUAUGCCGUUCGAUCGGUUAAUUGAUGUGUUUCGUUUAAUAACUGGUUAAAUGAUUGUUUCAAGAGACUGGACAAGAUGCAAUAUCUUGAAAUGGUUGAUGUUUGAUAUUGAACACAUCCUACUAAACUUCUUGCAAUAAGAGCUUGUUUAACUGGGAUGUUUUCUUGGGGUGUUGUUACUUUGUGUGGAUUUUAUGUAAAUUUUUACAUGCUUGGAUUUCAAUGUACUCUUUUGAAAGGUAUUGGCCA